AUGCAAGAUAAUUUAAUUAAACUAUUUGAUAAAAUUAUAAAAAAAGAAAUAGAUGUAUAUAAUGAUAAUGAAGAUAAAAACGAAACAAACGAUUCAGAAAUGAAAGAGUUAGAGGAAGAGGAAGCUUUACAACCAACAACAACAACAACAAUCCCCACCUCCAUUUUUAAUAAAGAUAAAUUAAUUAACGAACUAUCGAGCCAGUUUCCAUCGUUCGAUAUCAACAAAAUAGAAAUUAAAAGCUCGAUUGAUAUUAACAUUAGACUUUUCUUUAAUAUAUUAAUUAAAGAAAAAAAUACAACAUACGAGGACAUUGAUGUAACCAUUCAAUUAGCAUAUAUAUUUAUUGAUAUAUUUGGUUUGGAUAGUAUUUUACCAUUGCAAUUAUCAGAAGAUUUAUAUGAAACUAAAACAAUUAACGAAUGUUUAAAACUAUUUGGGUUAUUGGAAUCUAGGGCAGAAUUAUUUUCUCAAGAUCCAGAAAUUAUUAAAGGUAGAAAAAGAAAUUUAUUAUUAAAAAUCUGUGUAGAAUUAUUAAAAAGAUUUUCAAGAUCAUCAAACCCAGACUCUUGUGGUCGUAUUUUAUUAUUUUUAGCAUAUGUUUUCCCACUAUCAGAUCCCUCUGGUUUAAAUGGUAAGGGUGAACAUAAUGUUCAUCCAGAAGAAUCAUUAGAUUUCCAAAAUGAUAUAAUGAAAAACAUUGAAGAUGGUAGCAGCGAGGAUCAAACCAUUGAUAAAAACUUUUAUACCCAAUUUUGGGGACUUCAAACUAUAUUUCAAAACCCACAAACUGUAUUAUUCAAUAACAUCACUGCCACAAGCAUUACAUUAAAUAAAGCCAAAUGGGAUUCAUUUAUACAGGCAUUAGAAUUGGUUAUUGGUUCAUUUUCAACCCACAUCAAUCUCGAGGAUCUUCAACAAUCAAAUCCAACAAAACAACAUUAUUUUACCAAAUAUUUAACUAGUAGCAACCUUAUGAAGUUACAAUUAAAAGACUCAACCUUUAGAAGAAACAUUCUUACUCAAAUUUUAAUAACAUUUCAAAACUUAGAUUUAACUGGUCAAAAAUACCCAACUCUAUUUAACGAUUUACAAGUAAAUAUAAUUAUAGCUUUUAAAACAAUCUACCAUUACUUUUUAUUUAUUAAUUUUAUUAAAAAUAUAAUUCAAGAUUUAACAAUAAAGUGUUAUAAAAUUUUAUCAAACACCCAACCAGGUGGUGAAUAUUUUUCGAAUUGCCUUUCAUCAAUAUUAAAGAGAGAAAAGAAUUGGAUUAUUUGGAAAAGAGAUAAUGGUUGUAAAAACUUUGAAAGACCACCUUGCAGCCCAAUAGUUAAAAAGAAAAAACCAGUAUCAAAGAAAUCAAAUAGAAUGGUUAUGGGUAAUGUAGAGCUAUCAAGACUUUGGAAUCUUAGUGGUGGUGUUACCGAUCGUUCCUAUUUAAAAACGCAAAACUCUGUUUUAUUAGAAUCACUUAUCGACCCAUUAACAGAAGAACAAAUAGAAUUUGAAGAAAAACAGAAACAAGAGCGAUUGAGAUUAGAGAGAAUAAAGAAGAAGGAAGAAAAAAGAUUGGAACAAAAUGGAAUUAAACAAGCUGAAUAUGAAAAAGACAAAAAAGAGUUUUUCGAAAUAGAAGCUAACAAAGGUAAAGAAUAUCCAGAGUUUGAAGAGGUCCAAAAAGAAAUUGAUUCUGAUGAUUUAAGCGAUUUAGAUGAACCAAAACAAUUAAAAAAGGAUAACCCAUUAUAUGUUUGGAAGACUUUAAGAUUAAUAUCAAGAAAAAAAUUAGAUUUGUUUAAAUACCAAAAAUUUGAUGAAAUUAUUCAAAGCUUUAUUAAACCAAUAACACCAAUCUCAACAACACCAACAGUAACUACAACUGCCUCAACAGCAACCACCACUGACUCUACCACACCAACUGAAUCUGUAAAAUCAAAUAAUAGUUCUCCAAUCCAAAAACCUCAAGAAAUAGCAUCUGUUAUAACCCAAACAGAAUAA